AUGUAUCAUUUUAAAAAUAACAGUAUUAUUUUAAAUUCAUUAAAGAAGUUUAUUAGAACAGGUAAAUAUAAAGACCACAUUGUUAAUUAUAAAGAGAUAUUAUUUGAAAAGAAAAAAAAACUUGAAUUAAAGAAUGAAGAAAAAAAUGAAGAGGAUAUAAAUAUUUUAAAAUUAAUGCAUAUUGAGGAUUUAAAAAUUUGUAAACCUAAAAAUAAAAGUUUGAAUAAAAAGAAAAUUAUUGAUAAAGAGGAAGAAAAGAAAGAGUGUAGGAGGCGUCCUAUGAUUGAUAGAAAGGAAGAUAUAAAAAAUGAAGAAAGUAAGGAACAUAUAAAUAUAAAUGAAUCAACAAUAAAUAAGGAAAAAGAGAAUUAUAUAAAUGAAGGUACAAAAUAUUGUUAUAAUUUUAAUAAAAUAAAUUCACAUAGUACAAAAUAUUGUAAUAAUUAUAUAAAUAGAACUUAUAAGAAUUCCAAAAAGAAUAUUAUUUAUUUAUCUAAUUUUACUAUUACUAAUAGUUUUAUUAAUAAAAAGUAUUAUAUAAUUAAAAAAGAGAAACCAAAAAAAAAAAAAAAAAAAAAUUCUGAUGUAGAGGAAGAUGAAUUAAUGUUAUAUGAGAAAAGAUCACUUGAACUUUUGAAUAAAAUAAAAUUGAAGAAUGAAGACAAAGAGGAAGAAAGUAAAAAUUUAAAUGAUAUACCCCCAAAUGGAUUGUUUAAUAAUAUUGAUAAUGGGAAGCAUAAUGAUAAAAAGCUUGAUACAUUGAGUUCAUUGAAUACAUUGAAUUUUGAAAAUAAAGAUAAAAUUAUUAAAAAGAUAUACAAAUCAUCAAUUAAUCAUGUAAGGGAUGAAAAUUUAUGGAAAAAAUAUAUACAGAAUGUUUUUAUUAUAUCUUCAUAUUUGGAUUGUGCUGAUAUUGUAAUAUUAUUUUGGUGUUUUAGUAAAAUAGGAUAUAGAGAUAAUAGAUUAUUAAAUUUAUUAUGUUCAAUUGUUUUAAAAAAGAUAAAUGAAUUAAGUCCAUGUGCUAUUGCUUUAUUAUUAAAUAGUUUUAAAAAAUUAGAAAUAAAAAAAUAUGAUACCAUAGAAUUAUUAACAAAUCAAUUUUGUUUUCAUUUACCUAAUAGUACAUAUCAAGAUAUAGCUUUAGUUUCAAAUUCAUUAUCUUUUUUUUAUAUAUAUCAUAAAAAUUAUUGGAAAAAAUGUAUAUUAAAAUUACAAAAUAAUUCGUAUAUUACAUAUCCAUUACAUUUAUGUUUAAUUAUAUCAGCAUUUGCUAGACUUGAUAUAAGAGAAGGAAAUAUUUUAUUGUCAUUUAGUAAAAUUACAAAACGGCUAGCUCCUGACAUGUCACCUAAUAAUUUAGCUUUAGUUAUUCAUUCUUUUGCAAAAUUAAAAUUUGUUCAUCCCAAAUUUUUUAAUUAUCUUUUUCAGCAUGUUCAUGUGUAUUUGGAUAGGCAGCUGGGGUUAACAUACAAGGUUGAACAACAAAUAAAUCAAAAUAAUUAUAAUGUCAAAAAAAACAACAACAUCAACAAUAAUAAUAUUAAUAAUAAUAUUAAUAAUAGUAAUAAUAAUAAUCAGGAUGUAUUAUGUGAUGAAAAAAAUAAUAUUGUUAAUAUACCUUGCCAUAAUAAAACAAACAAUAUAAUUAUUAAUAAUAAAAAUGUUGAACACAUGAAGGAACUUAAUAAUUUGGAUGAAUCAUUAUCCAAAAUUAAAAAUAGGGAAGAAAAUAAAUAUUCAAAAAAUAUUAUGAUCAAUAAUGUCAAUAGUGAAGAAGAAAAUUUUAAAAUAUUAGAUAAUAAAAAAUGUAAUUUUAAUAAGGAAGAAACAAUCAAAAGUAGAUCCAUUGUUGAACAUAAUAAUGAGAAUGAAAUUUAUAAGAGUAAUCAUAUGAAUGAUAAUAUAAAGACAAAUAAUAGUUAUAUCAAUAAAUCGUCAAAACAUUAUGAUAAUAAAAAAAACAUGUUCGAUUUGCAAUCACUUGUUUUACUAUUAUAUUGUAGUACUUGUUUAAUUACUUGCACAGAACAGAUGACAUUAAAAUUAAUUUAUUUGAUAAUGCCACAUAAAGAUUAUUUAGGUGAUCAUAAAAUAGAUAAACUCAAAUAUGUAAGUGAUUAUAUACAAAACCUAUUCCCAUCUACUUUUGAAACAUUUCCAAAAAAUGUAAAAGAUUUUUUUUAUUAUAUAGAUGCUUAUGAAAUAAAAAAAAAAAAAUUAAAAUAUAGUGCUCGCUGGAUUAACGAAUUAUCACGUAUUCUAACAAAAAUGAAUGUGGAACAUAUAAAAAAUGUAUAUAUAAAUAAUAUAUGUACAGAUAUUAUGUUAACUUCAACAAAUGUUAUUAUAAAAUGUUUAGGCCCAUACAGUUAUUAUAUCAACUCCUUAGUAACUACAUCUAUAUCUGAUUUGAGGUUGAAAAUAUUACAAAGCAAAAAAUAUAAAGUAAUAAAUUUAAGUUAUCAUGAAUGGAAUAAAUUAAAUGACUAUGAAGAAAAAAUUAAUUUCUUAUAUUCUUUUGGAAGACAUGCAGCCAAUAUUUUUUUCAUAAAUAAUAAAAACGAAUCUCUAAACCAACAGAUAAAUAAACAAUCUAUAUCCACAUCACAAUUAAAUAAUAAUGAAAAGGCUAUAGAAGAUAUGGAUAUAAAAAUGAAAAUGGAUUAUCCUCACAACAUGGAAAAUCAAAAUAUAAAAUCACAUUCAGAAUGUUCUAUUGAAUUUAAUGACAAUAUACAAAUGGAUGAAAAUAUUUCAUCUGAUGAAGAAGAUGAAAUAUUGAACUUUUUGGAAAGACAAAAAAAUACAAUGGAUAUAAAUGAAAAUGAUUACAAUGAUGAUAUAAAAAAAAUUAAAAAUUAUUUGUCAUCCCAAGGUGGCACAAAUGGACAUAAUGUUUGA